AUGAUCGUCAAGGAAUUCAUGGCGCAGUGCGUGGCUCCCCUCCAGGCGCGCUCCCUCCCUUUGUGGAAGCUCGGAGACGAAGCAGACGACCUCCGCCUUCGUCCGGAGGCCCUUUCUGCCGAGGAGUUGGGCACGGCCCUUCGUUCCUUAGUUGGGGACGACCAAGGGUAUCCGCCGAGCUCCUUCAUUCCCCUAUACCGCCGCCCAGAUGGGGCGGAGACUGCCGCUGCCAUGCCUGUCUUUGAUGGCCGUGGGCUCGUGCCGCCCGCGCCCUCAGAUGUCCCGGUGGCGACGACUCCGGUGGUGGUGUCCUCCGGUGAAUCCGGCGAGGAGGAGGAGCAGGAUUCAGCGGCCACCCUAGAGGGGUCUGGGGAGACGUCCCCCCCGCGCAAGGCUAAUUUUCUUCGCGCCUUGCCCAAUGACGACGACGCCGACGACCACCUGGUGAAGGAGGUCCCACCUCCUGCUGGGGUCACGACGAGGUCCAGGGUCUCCCCCUCGAGGAAGCUGCCGCCUGGCGUCCCGGCGAAGAGUAGAUCGGCGUUGGUCUCCCGGGGCGACGCCCCCGCUGUGUCGCUGCCCGGGGCUGCCAUGGCCUCGUCGACUCCUGGGGCCCGCACGCCAGUGCCCCAGGCCGCAAGGCCUCCAGGCUCCGCGCUUCUGAAGAGGCGGCGGGACUACGCCGCCGCCGACGUCGUCAUCGAAGAAGAAGAGGGAGGGGGCAACCACAUCUUCGGGGACCAGCAGCCUGGCACGGCGGCACCUCCUCUGGCGCAGAAAGGCGGCGGCGGCGCCCACACCUCUCCGGCUCGGUCGUCCUCGCGAGGCCUAGAGGAGCGUCUCCAGGAGAGGGCGACCCCCAAGGCCUCGUCAGCUCCUGAGGCACUCGUCCCCAGCUCGCCGGUCGAGGCCCCGCAGGCUCCGGAGAUCCCGGCCUCUUCCUCCACCGCCAUCAACCUGCUGGUCUUGGCGACGACGCUACCUCCUUCUUUCACCCCACCAUCAGUUCGUGACCCUUCUGCCUCGCCUAACGUCCUGGAGCACGCUCUUUCUGCGCUGACCCUGCUGCGGGAGGAUCUUCAAGGCACCGACCGCCGCCUAGUGGCCGGGCACCUGGAGCUGAUCUCUGGCUGGCUCCACUCCGAUGCGUCCGUCCGGGCGGCGCUGAGCCAGGCUGUGGCGGCCUCCGAGAAGGACAAGCAGGCCGUCGCCCAAGCCGCGGCUUCCCGCGAGGUGGCACUGAAGGACGCCGGGGCUGCCCAGGAUCGCUGUUGGGCGCUGGAGGCCAAGCUGGAGACCAUGCACAACGAGAGUGCCGCCGAGGCUUGA